AUGAGUAAAAGGAAGAAGCUGCAGACUUCAGGAGAAGGAAUUCGUCCACCAAAGCAUCCAAAGCUCAGAGACUCUGACGAGGAUCCUCCAAGUUUCCAGUUUGGCCCUUUGGGUCACCCUGAAGAGUCAAAAAGCAGGUCGGGACCUGUUCCCUGUACAGAGCAGAGUGAGGAGGAAUCGGGACAGGAGGCCUCUAGCUCUCUGGACAAGGAACCUGGAGCUCCUUCCAGGCUCCUCUCGCAAGCAGAAAAGGAGCCAAUCCCCUUUCCUCCUUCCCAGAAUUCAGACAGGAGGUUUGUCCCCCAGUUUGCAAAACCAAGGAAGACAGUGACAAGACUAGCAACCGCGAGGGAAGAGGACCUUGGGAGUGGGGCCUUUAGCUCGGAGACACCACCAGAGCCCAGUGCCCAGCAGGCAGGAAGCCAGUCAUGGCAAGAGUCCUCAGAGCUCACUGUCUCGGAGGCCUGGAAGCCAGGAGACCAGACGCAGGCAGAUGGCACCCACUCUGAGCACAGCGCCCAAAACUCUGUAACACCUGUGUCCAGCAGGGGGGAUUCUCAGCCUGAGGUCUCCAAUGACAUUUCUUCAGAAUGGGGGAUGGUGUCCUUGGUUUCAGAGAGUGCCAACCGGGACUAUCUAUUGGAGCAAGGAACCAACCUGCCAGAUGCUGGAAGCACAGAAGGGGGUAGGAUUCCAGGUGAUCUCAGCCAGGAAGGGCAUCUGCCAAGCAGGGGUGCUGAGGAGAAGGAGCCAGACCGAGGAGUCCCACAGGAGGAAGAUGACCAGGAGAAAGGAGACAGCAUCCUAGGCUUGGUCACUCAGGGCUCAGAGCCUGGAUCUGCAGCCCAGGCCCCACCCGACCCCCUGCAGAUACUCAGCAGGGUUGGCAUCGAAGCCAGAGGGAGCUGUAGCAGCCCCGAACACUCUUCCCUUAGGAUCAGUGUCAUCACAGAUGUGGUCACAGACCCCAUCAAGGCAGAACAGAGGGCUCUGGAGUUGACGAGGCCAGAUGAGAAGGCUAACACCCAGGCAUCUGCCUCUCCCAACGGGAAGGCUCCUGAUGGAGGCCAUAGUAGGGCCCUGCUCAUAGGCUCACCUCUCGCUGGGGAGGCCACAGGAAGCAAAGGAGAGGCAGAGUGGGAGGCUGAGGCCCCUGGUGAUGUCUCCAGGAGCCCUGCAGCCUCCCUGGUUCUGGCUAAUGAAACCCAAGAGCCCUCAAUAGGUGCUGGAUAUUCCAGUCCUGUAGCCUCGGAAAUGGGCCCAGUUGUUGGUCAGACACAGGUGCCAGAACUAGAUCAAGAAGGGCUGGGAGGUGUGUGUACGCUGUCUUUGUUGUCACAGCCCUCAGGUGAAAAGGCAGCUGAAUUAGGUAGCCAGAGCCAUGAACAAGACCUUGGGGGGUUCAGUCUGUCCCUUGGAGCCUCUGAUCCACCAUUGCACAGAGAAACAGUGGUUGGUCCUCUCCUGAAUGCCAAGGCCCUCGAGGGCAGCCCAGAUGCCCCCGAAAGCCCAGCAGGCCAGCCCAAGCAUCCUGAUCCUGCAGACCAGGCCGCCUUGGAACUCGACUUCCUGCCAGAUAGCCAGAUACAGGAUGUCCUGGAAGCCCUCAACUUCGAAGCCCCUCCUGAGCAGGUUUCUGCAGUGAGUGGGGCGGGCCCUUGCUGGCCUGACACCAGCCUAAGUACUGAAGGAGGCCCCCUCAUCGAGUCCCAGCCAAGCACCCACAAGGGGAUCCAGCCCUGUGAAGCCACCAGGAUGGAGGAUGCAACAGAUACCAUGCGCGGCCUCAUUAUUGAACUCUCCAACCUGAACCGGCUGAUCAUGAAUGCCCACCGGGACCUGGAAGCAUUCAAGCGCCUCAACUACCGGAAGGCAAAGCCUGCAGGGAAAGCCCCCAUGCCCUACCCAUCAAAGGGUGCUGGGGCUCUCCCUCGAGGGGAGCAGCCCUGGAGGGAUUUAUAG